ACAAGCGGGUCCGGUGGUGAAGGGUUUUGUCGCUUUCGGAAGUUUCUUCAAGCAAUCACUAUGUCAACCAACACAGAUGUUUCUCUUUCUUCAUAUGAUGAAGAUCAGGGAUCUAAAUUUAUCCGAAAAGCUAAAGAAGCACCAUUUGUGCCUAUUGGAAUGGCAGGUUUUGCAGCAAUUGUUGUAUAUGGAUUAUACAAAUUAAAGAACAGGGGAAAUACUAAAAUGUCCAUUCACCUGAUUCACAUGCGUGUGGCAGCCCAAGGCUUUGUUGUAGGAGCGAUGACUCUGGGUAUGGGCUAUUCCCUGUAUAAGAAAUUCUGGGCAAAACCUAAACCUUAGAAGAAGAGAUGCUGUCUUGGUCUUGUUGGAAGUGCUUGUUUUUGUUAUGUUAAAGUUAUAUGUUCAUGUCAAAAAAUAAAUCCCUUGAGUGGGUUCAGGCUGUAACACGGUA